AUGGCCCUUAAUUCAACUGACCGGAAAGAAGUGAUUUUAAGUAUGGACGUGUUUGGUGAUGAUUGUGUUAAAGCUGGGUCCGCGAGUAACAAUACUGUCGGAGGGGAAGGAAGAGGGAUUUGGAGGGAAUCAAGCUAUGAUUUCGUCAAUGAUGCAAAUAAGAAAGACAAAGCACUUGCUAUGAAAGGCGACAGCAACAAACACAACAAUAAUGAUGGGAGUGGAAGUUACAGAUUUGAUUUUAAUGGUCAUCAGAACUGUAAAAGUGGUGUUACUGCAAGUGGUACUGGUAGUGUUUCAGCAAUGGAGGAGGAAGAUCCGCCCUCGAAGCUGAUUGGUCGGUUCUUGCACAAGCAACAAGCAUCAGGUGAGUUUUCUUUAGAUAUGGACUUAGAGAUGAUGACUCAUCUCCAAAACGACACUGCUGUUCUUCAUAAGAAUUUACCUCCUGUUUCAGAGUCUCCUACUACUAAUAAUACGAAUAGGGUCUCUUUUGACCCGCAACCACCUGCUUCAAGUGAGUCAGUGAGGAGGAGGAGGGACUUCAAAGAUUCUUCUCCAGGUAAAGAAAGUAGUCCUGGUGGUGGUGGUGGUGGUGAGAUUUUGAAGUGUAGUUCUAGAAGCGACGGGUCGUUAUCUAGCAAUUCGUCGUUUAAGAGGAAGUCUAGUUUGUUGAAGGAGAGGACAAAGUCUAGAUUGAUGGACCCGCCACCGCAGCCACCUGAGAAGUCAGGGAGAGUGAUUGUUGGGAGGUCGGGGCUGUUAAAGUCAGGAUUUUUAGGGAAAGGGAGUGUUGUUGAUGAAGAGGAAGAUGAUCCUUUAUUGGAUGAGGAUAUUCCUGAUGAGUAUAAAAAAGAUAAGUUUGAUAUUUGGAUUUUACUUGAAUGGUUGAGUUUGAUUGUUAUUAUUGCGGCUUUAGUUUGUAGUCUUGCAGUUCCAUAUUUGAAAGAUAAGAAUUUGUGGAACCUUAGGUUGUGGAAAUGGGAAGUUUUGGUUUUGGUUUUAAUAUGUGGGAGGUUGGUUUCUGGUUGGGUUAUUAGGAUUAUUGUGUUUUUCAUUGAGAGAAAUUUUCUCUUACGAAAAAGGGUUUUGUAUUUUGUUUAUGGAGUUAGGAAAGCAGUGCAGAAUUGCUUGUGGUUAGGGCUUGUUUUGAUUGCUUGGCACUACUUAUUUGACAAGAAAGUUGAGAGGGAAACUAGGAGUAAGACACUUAGGUUUGUGACUAAGAUUUUGGUGUGUUUGGUGUUGGGUACCUUGUUGUGGUUGGUGAAGACCUUAGUGGUUAAAGUACUUGCAUCUUCAUUUCAUGUGAGCACUUACUUUGAUCGGAUUCAGGAUUCGCUGUUUAAUCAGUACGUCAUUGAAACCCUAUCUGGUCCCCCUUUGGUUGAAAUGAAAAGAAAUGAGGAAGAGGAAGAGAGGCUUCUUGCAGAGGUAGAGAAGUUGCGGGAUGCUGGUGCCACCGUACCUCCUGGCCUUAAGGCAACAACAAGCCCAUCACCACCACAAAGUGCAAGGGUGAUAGGAAGUGGUAGGUUCCAGAAAAGCCCUCGAAUUGGUACUCCCAGGCUCUCUCGUACUCUUUCCAACAAGGUUGACGAGGGAGAUGAGGGGAUAACGAUCGAUCACUUGCACAAAUUGAAUCCUAAGAAUGUUUCUGCUUGGAACAUGAAGAGGCUGAUAAAUAUAAUUCGACAUGGAGCUUUGUCCACACUGGAUGAGCAAAUACAAAAUUCUAAUCACGGUGAUGAAGAGACUGCUACGAAGAUUCGAAGCGAAUUUGAAGCAAAAACUGCAGCAAGGAAAAUAUUCACGAAUGUGGCUAGGCCAGGUUCUCGUUAUAUCUAUCGGGAUGACAUUAUGCGUUUCAUGCAAGAAGACGAGGCCAUCAAGGCCAUGAGCCUCUUUGAGGGAGCAUCUGAAAGCAACAAAAUCAGUAAAAAAUGUUUGAAAAACUGGGUGGUCAAUGCUUUUAGAGAACGGAGAGCACUUGCUUUGACACUCAAUGACACAAAAACAGCUGUGAACAAACUGCAUCGUAUGGUGAAUAUUCUGGUUGGGAUUGUCAUUGUUGUUAUUUGGCUUCUUAUACUAGGAAUUGCUACAAGCAAGUUUCUUAUCUUUCUAAGCUCACAACUUCUCCUUGUGGCGUUCGUAUUUGGGAACACCUGCAAAACCGUGUUUGAAUCUAUUAUUUUUUUGUUUACAAUCCAUCCAUUCGAUGUGGGCGAUCGCUGUGAAAUUGAUGGAGUUCAGAUGGUGGUAGAAGAGAUGAACAUUUUAACUACUGUCUUUUUAAGAUUUGACAACCAGAAGGUAAUAAUCACGAACAGUGUUCUUGCUACCAAAGCCAUUGGUAACUACUACCGUAGCCCAGAUAUGGGAGAUGCAAUUGAGUUCCUCAUCCACCUAGCUACUCCAGCUGAAAAGAUCGCACUAGUGAAACAAAGAAUAAACAGUUAUAUUGAGAACAAAAAGGACCACUGGUAUCCUUCUCCCUUAAUUAUAUUCAAGGAUGCAGAAGACUUGACCAGGGUGAGGAUAGCAGUUUGGUUGACACAUAGGAUGAACCACCAAGACAUGGGAGAGAGGUAUGUAAGAAGAUCUCUUUUGCUGGAUGAGAUGAUGAAAAUUUUCAGGGAGCUCGACAUUCAAUAUCGCUUAUUUCCUCUUGACAUCAAUGUUCGUGCCUUGCCUCCUGUCACAUCUGAGCGCCUUCCUGCCAAUUGGACCAGCUGA